UGCGGGAAGAUGCCGAGUGGCUGUCACGCCGCCGAGCCGGGGCACGUUCCGGGAGGGCGCCGGGGCCCGCGCGUCUCUCCGCCGCCUUCCUGCCCGCGUUGCUAGGGCAAUGGUCCAGGUGUGUCGGCCCUGAGCCUCCCCUCCCUUCAAGCCAGAGGCUGCGGUGGUCACCGAGCGGUUGAAGAAGCAGGACCUGAAAAAACCCCAGACAUUAGCAAUGAUGUGUGAAGUGAUGCCCACGAUUAAUGAGGACACCCCAAUGAGCCAAAGGGGGUCCCAAAGCAGUGGCUCGGACUCGGACUCCCACUUCGAGCAGUUGAUGGUAAAUAUGCUAGAUGAACGGGAUCGACUUCUAGACACCCUUCGGGAGACCCAGGAAAGCCUCUCCCUUGCCCAGCAGAGGCUUCAGGAUGUCAUCUAUGACAGGGAUUCGCUUCAGAGGCAGCUCAAUUCAGCCCUGCCACAGGAUAUCGAAUCCCUAACAGGAGGUUUGACUGGCUCUAAGGGGACUGAUCCACCGGAAUUUGCUGCACUGACAAAAGAAUUAAAUGCCUGCAGAGAACAACUUCUAGAAAAGGAAGAAGAAAUCUCCGAACUGAAAGCUGAAAGAAACAACACAAGACUGCUCCUGGAGCACCUGGAAUGCCUGGUGUCCCGGCACGAGAGGUCACUCCGAAUGACGGUGGUGAAACGGCAAGCUCAGUCCCCCUCAGGAGUGUCCAGUGAAGUUGAGGUUCUCAAAGCCCUGAAGUCUUUGUUUGAGCACCACAAGGCUUUGGAUGAAAAGAUUGUUGCAUUGCGUGAACAAAAUGUUCAUAUUCAAAGAAAAAUGGCAUCCAGUGAGGGCUCCAUAGAGUCAGAACAUCUGGAAGGGAUUGAGGCGGGCCAGAAAGUGCAUGACAAGCGUUUGUCCAAUGGCUCGAUAGACUCGACGGAUGAAACUAGUCAAAUAGUGGAAUUGCAAGAAUUGCUUGAAAAGCAAAACUAUGAAAUGGCACAGAUGAAAGAGCGCUUGGCAGUGCUGUCCUCCCGCGUGGGAGAAGUGGAACAAGAAGCAGAGACGGCAAGAAAGGACCUCAUUAAAACGGAAGAAAUGAAUACUAAAUAUCAAAGGGACAUUCGGGAGGCCAUGGCACAGAAGGAGGAUAUGGAAGAAAGAAUCACCACUCUCGAGAAGCGUUACCUCGGUGCGCAGAGGGAAUCUACCUCCAUCCAUGACAUGAAUGAUAAACUAGAAAAUGAACUGGCAAACAAAGAGGCUAUCCUCCGGCAGAUGGAAGAGAAGAACCGGCAGUUACAAGAGCGUCUGGAGUUGGCUGAGCAAAAGCUGCAGCAGACUAUGAGAAAGGCUGAGACUUUACCUGAAGUAGAGGCGGAACUGGCUCAGAGAAUUGCAGCUCUGACAAAGUCUGAUCCAACCUCUUCUACCUCAUCUGAUGAUUAUCAAUAUGUUAUGGAAGCUAAACUACAAGAAAUGAUCUCCAUACGUAGGAAGGCUGAAGAGAGACAUGGGAAUAUUGAAGAACGCAUGAGACAUCUGGAAGGUCAACUUGAAGAAAAAAAUCAAGAGCUUCAAAGAGCUAGGCAAAGAGAAAAAAUGAAUGAGGAGCACAACAAAAGAUUAUCUGACACCGUGGACAGACUUCUGACAGAAUCCAACGAGCGCCUCCAGCUGCACUUGAAGGAGAGGAUGGCUGCUCUAGAAGAGAAGAAUGUUUUAAUUCAAGAAUCAGAAACUUUCAGGAAGAACCUUGAGGAAUCUUUGCAUGAUAAGGAAAGAUUAGCAGAUGAAAUUGAAAAACUGAGAUCUGAACUUGACCAAAUGAAAAUGAGAACUGGCUCAUUAAUUGAACCUGCAAUAUCGAGAACUCAUCUGGACACCUCUGCUGAGUUGCGGUAUUCAGUGGGCUCACUAGUGGACAGCCCGUCAGAUUACAGAACAACGAAAGUAAUAAGAAGACCAAGAAGAGGCCGCAUGGGCGUGCGAAGAGAUGAGCCAAAGGUGAAGUCUCUUGGGGAUCAUGAGUGGAAUAGAACUCAACAAAUUGGAGUGCUAAGCAGCCACCAUUUUGAAAGUGAUACUGAAAUGUCUGAUAUUGAUGAUGAUGACAGAGAAACCAUAUUUAGCUCAAUGGAUCUUCUCUCUCCAAGUGGUCAUUCUGAUGCCCAGACACUAGCCAUGAUGCUUCAGGAACAGCUGGAUGCCAUAAACAAAGAAAUCAGGUUAAUUCAGGAAGAAAAAGAAUCAACAGAAUUGCGCGCUGAAGAAAUUGAGAAUAGAGUAGCUAGUGUGAGUCUAGAAGGCCUGAAUUUGGCUAGGGUCCACCCUGGUACCUCCAUCACUGCCUCAGUUACUGCCUCAUCACUGGCCAGUUCAUCUCCCCCUAGUGGACACUCAACACCAAAGCUCACGCCAAGAAGCCCUGCCCGGGAAAUGGAUCGGAUGGGAGUCAUGACACUGCCAAGUGAUUUAAGGAAACAUCGGAGAAAGAUUGCAGUGGUGGAAGAAGAUGGUAGAGAAGAUAAAGCAACAAUUAAAUGUGAAACUUCUCCUCCCCCUACACCCAGAGCCAUCAGAAUGACACACACCCUCCCUUCCUCCUACCACAAUGAAGCCCGGAGUAGUUUAUCUGCCUCCCUUGAUCCAGAAAGCCUUGGACUUGGCAGUGCCAACAGCAGCCAAGACUCUCUUCAUAAAGCCCCUAAGAAGAAAGGAAUCAAGUCUUCAAUAGGAAGACUGUUUGGGAAAAAGGAAAAAGCCCGGCUUGGGCAGCUCCGUGGGUUUAUGGAGACUGAAGCUGCGGCCCAAGAGUCCCUGGGGUUAGGCAAACUUGGAACUCAAGCUGAGAAGGAUAGAAGAUUGAAGAAAAAGCAUGAACUUCUAGAAGAAGCCCGGAGAAAGGGAUUGCCUUUUGCCCAGUGGGAUGGGCCCACUGUGGUGGCCUGGCUAGAGCUCUGGUUAGGAAUGCCGGCUUGGUACGUGGCCGCCUGCCGAGCCAACGUGAAGAGCGGGGCCAUCAUGUCUGCGUUAUCAGACACCGAGAUACAACGAGAAAUCGGAAUCAGCAACCCGCUGCACCGCCUGAAGCUCCGACUCGCCAUCCAGGAGAUGGUUUCCCUGACAAGCCCCUCGGCGCCUCCGACGUCCCGAACACCUUCUGGCAAUGUCUGGGUGACCCAUGAAGAAAUGGAAAAUCUUGCAGCUCCAGCAAAAACGAAGGAAUCUGAGGAAGGAAGCUGGGCCCAGUGUCCGGUUUUUCUACAGACGCUGGCUUAUGGAGAUAUGAACCACGAGUGGAUUGGAAAUGAAUGGCUUCCCAGCCUGGGGCUACCUCAAUACAGAAGUUAUUUUAUGGAGUGCUUGGUAGAUGCAAGAAUGUUAGACCAUCUAACAAAAAAAGAUCUCCGUGUCCAUUUAAAAAUGGUGGAUAGUUUCCACCGAACAAGUUUACAGUAUGGAAUUAUGUGUUUAAAGAGGUUGAAUUAUGACAGAAAAGAGCUGGAAAGAAGACGGGAAGCAAGUCAACAUGAAAUAAAAGAUGUGUUGGUGUGGAGCAAUGACCGAGUUAUUCGAUGGAUACAAGCAAUUGGACUUCGAGAUUAUGCGAAUAAUAUUCUUGAGAGUGGUGUGCAUGGAUCACUGAUAGCCCUGGAUGAGAACUUUGACUACAGCAGCUUAGCUUUGUUGUUACAGAUUCCAACACAGAACACCCAGGCAAGGCAGAUUCUUGAAAGGGAAUACAAUAACCUCUUGGCCCUGGGAACUGAACGGCGGUUGGAUGAAAGUGAUGACAAGAAUUUCCGACGUGGGUCCACCUGGAGAAGGCAGUUUCCUCCCCGUGAAGUACAUGGGAUCAGCAUGAUGCCUGGCUCCUCAGAAACAUUACCAGCUGGAUUCAGGUUAACCACAACAUCUGGGCAGUCGAGGAAAAUGACAACGGAUGUUGCUUCAUCAAGGCUGCAGAGGUUAGACAACUCCACAGUUCGCACAUACUCAUGUUGACAAGCCACUCAAAGGAGGCAGCACUGACCUGCUAUGUCGUCUUUUCGGUCUACUCUACCUAAAGUGCACUGCCAUCAAAAAGACAAGCAGCAAAAGUUGCAUGAAGACUGAGCUCUAAGGAAGUAUCAAAAAGUAAUUGAUCAUCAUGCUGAAAAUGUAAUUUGGGGAACAGCCAGAUACUGAGUUUGGUUAGUUUACUGCAAUUGUUAUAAAAUACUUAAGUCACUUGAAAAUAAGCGUCAUCCACAUCAUAAAUUCUGUACAACCGAUGCUUUUAUGAGAUGGAGCGACUUGUUUUUCCAUGUUUUCCUGUAAUAUAUUAGGCAUUUAUGUAUGACUGUGUAUGGAUUUCUUUUUAAAUGUGUAAGUCUUAUGUAAAUGGAUAUAAAUAUGAUUUUUAAAAAAUAAAAUAUAUGGUUCAUGGAGUCUCGAGUGCAAAGAUUUGACGAUUCUACGUAUGUUUGUAUUUGACCAUUUCUCCAUUUUUACAGUUUUUGAAUUGUUAACAGUCAAAUCAGUACAUUUCCUUGAAGCAGGAUCCAUGCUUGCAGGAUCCAUGUUUCUCCUUCAAGUCUGUCAAUACUCAAAGCUGAACACCUGCCUCUGAUCAUGUAUCAAAGAAUGAUUUAACCUGGAACUGGAGCCAAAAAAAAAUGGACCUUUCAAGGCAAUCAGGGAUGUCCUUCACCUUCAGAUAAGCACUGUGAUGGCUCAAUCUCCUUUUCAAUAUAAAGCAAAGCCAAACUGUUUAUAAGAGUCAAAAGCAAUUGUUAAAAAAAAAAAAAAAGUUUUUAAAGUUAAACAUUAUCUUCUCUUGUCACCUGUGGACCAAGAAAAAAAAUUCUUUACCUAAGAACCAUAUGUUCCUUCUAAUAUUUAAUACUCUGACCUGCCAGCCAGUACUGGACAGUGAAUGUCAACCACUGUAUUUCUGAGGUUCAUUUCCUACUGGAAAAAAUUACCACCUCAGAAGCCCUCCCCUGUUGUUAAUGUAACAGGGCAUUCGCCAGACUCAUGUCUAAUGUAAUCAGCUUUUAGCCAAGAUGGCCUUGUUGCGACUUCCCUGAAGUCAGUUUUAUCAGAGGUACUAAAUAAAAGACAGAAUGAUUAACAUAUAUAGUGUAUAAAAGUACGGAAGAGUAAGCUCUUCCCUGUGGUUUUAUUUGGUGGUGUUACUAUUGUUUAUUCUUUGUUUACAUGGGGAAUUUCAAAGUAAAAUUUAAUAAUACCAUUUAUCUAACUGCUGAUUUUCUGCUGCUUGAUCUGAUUAAGCGCAAAAGCUGUCAUAGUUGUUUCAUUUUUGUGUGUUUUCAUUUUGCUAUGUUUGCACGUACAUUACAUUUGUUUUUAUGUCUUUUUCUUUGACAGAUUUAGUUGAAAGUUAAUGGUGACAGAUCCCCUCUCCAUUGUCAAUAAAAAAAAUACUGGCAAU